UAAAAUGGCGGUAAAUUCGAGCGGAACCUCAAAGAGGAGUGAAUUUCCUGGACCUAAAUUUGAAGAAAGUUUACCAGUUGUGUUCCAGUGUAACAACUGUAAUAAUAUACUUGGCGAUUCUUAUGCAUGGAUUUCAUCAAACCGAGAUCUCGAAGUGAUUUGCCUAAGCAAAGUAACACCAUUUAUACGUUCAGGUGAAUGUUUAGAGACUUCAACCACGGAAAGUGACAUAGGCAGCACAUUCAUCCCUAUACACUGUAAAUCCUGCAGUUCUCCUAUUGGUCGCAUCUACCAGACUACUCCAAAGGACCUGGAUCAUUUACGGAAUCAAUAUUGUUUGGAUAUGGAGCAUAUAAGAAGCUAUCAGGUGGGUUCUGAGGAUGGAAUGCAGACUUUACCAGCAGAGGAAGUUCUUGGUAUACCAACAGCUAAAGUCCUUCAGCAAGGAAUUCACAAGAUCGAAAGUGUCGUGCUCAUGCUGCUAGAGAGGUUGACGUUGCUGGAAAAAGAAGUUAAGGGCAACAAGGCAAAUAUGGAAGAUGAUGAGACAAAUUUAACGGCGACAGGUUCUGACAGUGCGAGGGAAACACAAAAGGAGAGCGACUCUGCCAAACAAAACAGAAAGAGAAGAAAGUAAUCCACAUUUAAUCUC